AUGGCGUCCGUCACAUCCUUGGACAAGGACCUGCGCAGGAUGCGCCUCGACAAAUACACACCCGCCGCGGCCAGUGAGGCGCAAUCGUGGAUUGAGAGCGUUCUGGGCGCUCGACUCCCUAGUAAUGAUCUUCUAGAUGGUCUGAAAGAUGGCGUUGCGCUCUGCAAGCUCAUCAACAUCGCCAUCGGUCCUCCAGGGGUCAAGUUCAAGCAAUCGGCCAUGCCCUUCGUGCAAAUGGAAAAUAUCUCUCACUUUUUGCGAGCGUGCCAAUCACCGCCCCUGAACCUGCAAGAACACGACAUGUUCCUGACUGUCGACCUCUACGAGAAGAAAGAUCCAGCCCAAGUUCUCCAAUGCCUUGGUGCAUUCUCCCGUGCCGCCCACAACGUAAACCCGUCCUCGUUUGCCUCGCCGAUCGGACCCAAACCCCGCGGCGGCGUCAUGUCGCCACAACAGACCGGGCCAUCAUCACCCGCCAGGGCCAGGGGGAUGUCGAAUGCAUCAAAUGGCUCCUUCUACGGCCGCCAGGGUACACUCGCAGCCACCGACACGGGAGGCUCGUCUUCGGGUCGUUGGAGUCCGACUAAGAGCCCGACGGCAGGCGGCGAGCGCGUGGGAUCACCAGGUGUGAGCAGCUGGAGCAAGAAGGAUCAUGAGGGUGUUACUAGCCCCGCAUGGAACAUUGCACAGUACGGCUACAUGGGUGGUGCGUCACAGGGCAAUCUCGGCAUUGCCUUUGGUGGACGUCGACAGAUCACUACUACCGGUCCGUCCGUACCUAACUUGGCUGACAAAGAGCGCCGCCGCAAAGGGCAAGAAGCCGAGGCCGAGCGGCAGCGUUUACAAAUGGAGGAGGAGGAGCGAAAUCGUAGGGCGGCGCUCGAAGCUGAAGAGGAGCGCGCGCGACUCGAGGAAGAAAACCGAUGGCAAGAGGAGACGCGGCGUCAGCGCGAAGAAGAGAAGCGCAAGGCCGAGGAGGAGAAGCGACGCUGGGAAGAGGAAGAGCGUCAAUGGAAGUUAACGGAAGAGAAGCGUCGCCAAGCAGAAGAAGAGGCCGAAGCCAGACUUGCCGAUGAAAGACGACGCGCGCGUAGUAAGAGUAACACGGCGCUACAAGGUCAAUUCCUGAGCCAAUACCAGGCCGAAAACGGGAUAGCAUCGCACAAGUCCGGAGGCUACGGAGAUCGUGUCAAGGAGUUGGAAAGGGAACUGGAACUCGCACGCCAGCGCGAACGUGAAUACGAAGAGGAGCGGGAACGACGCAGCCGUAGGAUAGCUGACGCGAAGAACCGCAACCGUUCACGCAGCAGACCGAGGCCCACCAGCCGACCCCCUAGCCGACAAGACUCCUGGUCUCGUGACGAGCGAGAGAUUCUCAAGACGCAGUGGGAUCGUCACCAGGAGGAAGCACAGACUGCUAAGCCUGGCCCACCCUUACCCGCUCGUCCACUUCCGGUGCCAACCGCCGUACCCGUUAAAUCCCACCGAACGGGCGAAUCGCCGCCACCGGCCCUCAAGACUCAACGCACCGGCGAUGCCACAACACCGCCCAUAAAGCCCCAGCGGACUGGCGAGGCUAGGCCCCUCCCGAUCCCUGACCGGGUUAAGAACCACGUCACGGGCGGCCGCGGCCCCAGUCCCAUAUCCAACACACGCCCCCUGCCCGAUCCCAAGUCCGUCGCCGCCGCAACCCUCCCCCGAACAGACCGCUUCCUAGCCUCUAACCCCGCACCUACUAACCCCGCACCGCAACAAUCCUGGUCCCGUGAGCUGGGUGGCUCGGCCGAGCACGACGCGGAGGAUCGUCGACGCGUGCAAUCGCAAGCCAAGACCAAGGCAGGCGGCUGGGCGAGCAAGAGUUUGCUCGAAAGGGAGAUGGAGAUGGAGCGUCAGCGACAGCAGGAGUGGGAGGAGGCACAGAAGGAGACGUCUAAGGCACCGCGGAAUGGGGACGGGGGUGUUGAUGGCAUUGGGGGUGGGGUAGGAGGACGGUGGGAUGUGAGUCAGUGGAGUGGGUUUGCAGGGGGUGAUAGCCAGAAUAAGGGGGCUUCGGGGAUUGGGGCAGGGAGGAGGCAGAUUGUGGGGCCCAGACCUUUGCCGGGACGGCCCUAG